AUGUUCUCGGUAUUGAUCCUGCUUUUCAUAGCAGGUGCUUGGCUCGGCGUACACUUUAUCUUCAUAGUGUACAAGCCCGGAUUGAGGUCGAUACCAGGACCCUGGCUUGCUAAAUGGACCAACCUCUAUCGGGCUGGUAUGAUCUUGAGAGGGCAAUUCUCAUACGAGCUCGUCGAAUUACACCGAAAAUAUGGCUCGACAGUCAGACUUGGACCCGACUCGGUCUCGCUUACAGAUAAAGAUGUUGUCGAUGACAUCUACGGGUUCAAAACUGACUUUGGGAAGAGCGACUGGGUCAAGUCGUCCCAGACUUUGUACCAAGGAAAGGUCGUACCGGCUCUUAUGACCACCCAGGACAAACAGUAUCACAGCAGGCUGAAAAAAUCAAUCGCAAGUGCAUACUCCGUAAGCACUGUCAUGGGUUAUGAAAAGGCUGUAGAAGACAUCGUCGACUACUUUGUUCGAAGACUGGAUGAGCUCUUCAUUCAGACAGGGCAUAGCUGUCCAUUGGAUAAGUGGCUUCAGUGGUAUGCAUACGAUGUUAUUGGAGCAAUCACUAUGAGUCGACCGAUGGGGCUUUUAGAACAGGGGAAAGAYGUCGACAACAUGCUCUCGGAGAUCCAGAUCGAAGGGGACUAUCGUGCGGUUGGAGCUGUGAUGCCAUUUAUUGAUUGGAUCUGGCGCAAGAACCCUCUCAUGACGUGGUUCUCCAGCCCAACACACAAGAUCAUGAUGCGAGCGCGAACAAUGCUGGCGGAGCGUAUUAAGAUGGAAUCAGAGAAGGUGUUACCUCGACGGGAUUUCAUCGCCCGCUUCCUGGAGGCCAAGGAGAAACACCCAGAUAUUUUGAAUUACCGCAACAUGCUUGGAUUCGUAGGCUCGAAUCUUCAAGCUGGUUCGGACWCAACUGCCAUCGCGUUGCGGACCAUCAUGUACCACCUUCUCAAGAAUCCGGGUAUGCAUUCAAAGCUACAAGAAGAGCUCGACGCUCCCAGCGUCUCGCUUCCGGUUCCAUUCCAACAAGCAUUCAACGAGUUGCCAUACUUAAAUGCCGUCAUCCAGGAAGCUCUACGAAUUCAUCCACCUUUUGCUCUUCUUCUCGAGCGGGCUGUGCCAGCCUGUGGUUUGAGACUUCCUAGCGGCGGCUUUUUGCCAGAGGGCACAAAGGUUGGUAUGUUUGGUUACACGAUGCAUCUUGACAAGGAAGUUUUCGGCGAGGACGCUGAGGGGUUCCACCCGGAACGUUGGCUGCAGAAGAUCGACGAAGACUAUGAUGAUUUCAAAGACCGACUUCGACGGAUGAAGUCUCUGGAUAUGACUUUUGGUCAUGGUCAAAGGCAGURCGUUGGCGUCCAUGUUGCUGAGAUGCAGAUCUACAAGCUGGUACCAAGUCUGGUGCGCUUGCUUGAUGUUGAGCUUGUUAAUCCAGAGAAACCAUGGACCAUCACCCAGCGUUUCUUCUCUUUGCAGUCGGGUUUGGAUGUGAAGAUUGGGUGGAGGGCUGGCCGUGGCCUGAGAGAUCUCGCAAGCCGUUGA